AUGAACUGCACUGACGCGAACACGACUGAUCCCUGGAGCUCGGAGCUGGUCCUGGCGCUCGGAAUAUUUCAAGUUCUUACUAACUUGACAGCAGUGGCGUGCAACUGCGCUGUGAUCGUUACGAUACUGCAUGGAAAACAUUUCCGUCGACCCAUCUACAUUUUAUUCUGCAGUUUGGCAUCCUCGGAUCUGCUGACGAGUAUCUCAGGUCUAUGGGUGUCUUUGCUGUUCAUAGAGAAACCAGAAAGCACCAUUUACGGCUCUGAAGAUCUUCUCCGAGUUUAUUCGAUGAAUGCGAUCGGUUUGCUGGCAACGAUUUACAAUUUGAUGAGCAUUGGAAUCGAACGCUACCUCACAGUUUCUAGUUGGGCAAAUUUGAGAUUUAAAGUUUCGAAAAGGCAAAGUCUUACGGCGGUGUUGGUUAACUGGGGACUCGCCCUCCUGUUAGGCAGUCUGCCGCUUUUAGGAUGGAACUGUAGUGAGCUAGGAAUGACCUCCAAUUUAUAUAACCCACUUUGUAUAGACUACCUGGUUUUUAUUACAGUUCCGACCGGUAUGGUUGCUUUUGGGUGUAUUUUCGUUACCUAUGUUGCAAUAAUAGCAAUACUGAAAAAGCAGAAAACGAGACUCGCCGCACACGAUUUUCCAAAUAAUAAAAGGCCUACCUACAGACCAGCUGAAGACCGUGUGACAAGAACGAGUAUCGCAAUUUGGAUCCUGACAGCUGUGUCCUACUUGCCGUUUUUCGUUGGCGUCCUGUGGGAUGCUUGCACUGCUGUCUGUCCUCAAAAACUGAAAUUGGGAGUUUUUAUUUUCAGAAAUGUAGCGUCCGUCAUGUUCACUGUAAACGCGAUUGGGAACCCAAUCAUUUAUACUCUGAAAGCAAAAAACUUCAGGAGUGCUCUAAAUUCAUUGCGAUGCGCAUCCAAAGACAACCGAGUUCAUGUGCGCACUGUUGAGGGUAAUUAA